GUAUUAUUAUUAUUAUUUUUUGGUGGGGAAACGUAUAUAAUUGGUGUGCCAAAAAAUUAAAAAAAAAAGCGAAAGUGUAUGAGAAGAGGACAAUGGUUAAUUAAUGAAGGAAGAAGGAGCGAUGCGACAAACCGACGAGUGUGCUGUAUGUAUGUGUAUGUAUGUACGAGAGAGUGAGUGUGGGUUGUUUGUGUGUGAGAGAGUGUGUUUGUGUAUACGAGGAGGCACACAUAUACACGAGCACAUGCAAGACAAUACGGAGCACCUUCCGGCAUUUGCGAAACAUGAUCAGAUCCCCACCUAUCCGUUCAAAAUACCGUGAUAGAGGAAUAGAGGUGUGUGGCCCAUUCACUCGCAGGAGUCUCCAAUCAGUUGCUAUUCUUCCGGCUCGGUGAUAUGGCUGCAAUUUAGCAUGUUAAUUUAAGUAUAUGAUUUAGUAGUAUAAAUAUAUACAACAUGAGUUUUGUGGUACCUGUGAAAGAAUCUCUAAUGGAAUAUCAGUUACCGCCGCCAGUGUCCGCUCCGAAUGUCGGAGCCCAUCAAGUACCAAUAGGCGUCAUGCAGGGUACUCUUACCCACGUGCAGGCCCAGGACGACUCGAGCAGAUGGACCCAGUACCAACAGCUCUGGAGGCAGCAUGUUUACAUAAACGGGAAUAGCAAACCAUCUCAUCCUCAUGGCCACAACCACGCGGCGAUUAAAGAUAUAGGAGGAAGUAUACUCGGCUGCAGCGACGAUAAGAAGGAUGACGGAGAAUUGUGGAACAACGUGGAGGCGCAGGCGGCGUUCCUCGGGCCCAAUCUCUGGGAUAAAACAUACGAAACAGACCUCAAGUAUGUGGAUCUGGACGAGUUCCUUUCGGAGAACGGCGUGUCCAUGGACGGGCUGGGCUCCCAUGGAUCGCUGGGUCCUUUGGGCUCCUCGCACACAAUACCAAAACGGGAAAGAUCUCCGAGUCCCAGCGACUGCAUGAGUCCCGAUACAAUGAACCCACCGUCACCCGCAGAUUCUAUUUUCUCUGAAGCUUUGUCGAUGGCUUCAAGUUGUCGUGACUUUGAUCCACGGACAAGAGCAUUUUCAGACGAGGAUCUAAAACCGCAACCCAUAAUCAAGAAGUCCCGGAAACAGUUCGUGCCCGACGAUCUGAAAGACGAUAAAUAUUGGGCACGUCGCAGGAAGAACAACCUCGCGGCGAAGAGAUCCAGAGACGCCCGACGCAUGAAGGAGAACCAAAUCGCCCUUCGAGCCGGAUAUCUAGAGAAAGAGAACAUGGGGCUCCGUCAAGAACUGGAACGACUGAAAAAGGAAAACUUGCUGCUACAAAACAAAUUGUCGAAAUACGAAGAUGUAUAACCAUUCGAGCUGGUCUCCGUGUUAUAUAUAUAUACUAAAAUAGAUAUACAUCUCAACUGUUACUCAUUUAACACAAUUUUAUAAAAAUCAAGUUUAAAAAAAAAUACCCAGAAACAAACAAGCUAGUGUUCUUCGGAAACCAACCAAACAUUGUAUAUAAACAUACACAUACCGUAGUCAUCAUGUAGUAUUAAGAGUUAAUUUAGUAGAGAAAAAUAAUAUAUUUAAGUCGCUGCGGUGUGGACGUGCGGGCCUUUUAAAUGUCUAAUAUUCAUUUAAUAUGUAGUAUUAUUCAAUAAUACUUAUAUUUAAGCAUAUACAUCAAUUUCCUAAAUGUAUAUUUUUGUUUUUUUCUUUCUGCACUUAAAGCAACUACAAGCAACAACUACAACAAAAAUAUUUAAUUAACAAAAAACACCAAUCAUCAUCACCAACUCAGGUGUCUUCUUCAGUUCCAAGUUCUCGCGCGCAUCAAACACUGUAUCAGUGUUUCCCCUUAAUUACUGCCAUUGUCAAUUAAGAUAUUGAACAUCUAAGAUGUCCCCAUUCUGCACCUAGCACUGAAUCCUUAGCG